CUGAUUGAGAGUAGCUGUAGAGCUUGGUGAAGUUCUGCAGGUUUUGUGAGAGAGGGAUUUGAUUUUGUUUGUAGUCUUGGAUGAUCGCCCUCAUGGCUUCGAAGGAGUUUUGUGUUUGGAAAGGGCUUAUUUUAGCCCUUUUUCUCUUUGUUGUUCAUGGACAGGCAUCAGGACCAUCCUUCUUGGUGACGUUUUCUGCAGUGAUUGAGUCCUGUUCUAACGCUGAAUUGUGUGCAAGUCUUUUAAAACCCAAUGAGAGUCUUACAAUGACCAUCUUUCUGGUUGAUGACAAAAACCAGACAACACUGCUUGCGCAGCAGAGAUCCUCAACAGAGUUUCACCGCUGUUUUUGUUUCCAGGCCCCUCGAGUAGAUGAAGAAGUGGUGCAGAAAGUGAGGGUGGUACUUCAAGGGAGGUUCUUUAAAAUGACAGAAGAGAGGAAAGUCAUGUUCCGACGUUACCUGCCUUUAACCUUCAUCCAAACCGACAAACCCAUCUACAAUCCAGGACAAACAGUGAACUUCAGGGUUUUGACCAUGGAUGCUAAACUUGUUCCUUUUGAUCAAAUGGUAAAGCCUGAUCUGCUUCUAGACAAGCAUAAUAACCGGAUUAAUCAGUGGACCGACAUUUCAUCAACUGGGUGGAUAUUGGAGCUUUCUCACCCGUUAAAUCCUGAGGCUCAGGUUGGGAUGUACACCCUGAGGGCUUUUAUUGGUGAUCGGAUUAUCUCACAGGUUUUUGAGGUGAAAAAGUAUGUUUUGCCCAAAUUUGAUGUCCGCUUGACUACAGCACAGAUGUAUAGUGUGGGAGAUGCGGGACUGAAAGUUGAGGCUUGUGCCAAAUACACAUAUGGGCAACCUGUACCUGGUCAAGCAUUGGUGGAAGUGUGUCGUGAGCCAUACCCAUACAGUUUGGUAAUUGGCGCAUCUCGUGUGUGUCUUAACACAACUGCUAUGUUGAACAACAGUGGUUGUGCUUCCCUUACCAUCAGUACAUCAGCGUUUUUCACCACCAGUUUUGAAAAUGACCUGCAAGAUGUGUUUCUUGUUAACUGGAACGUCACUGAGGAGGGAACAGAUGUUGUGACAUCAAAAUCCACAACUGUAUCCAUUACGUUUGAAGUUGGCAAGGUCAUGUUUUUGAACCUCCCAGGUUUCUUCAACUAUGGAUCAACGAUUAAUGGAGAGAUCUUGGCAUCUUCUUUCAAUGGGACUCCAAUUGCAAGCAAGAUGGUCUAUCUCCUGGAUGGUAGCCAGUGGCCCAACAAACUGCUGAUGAAUCUGACUACGGACAUGCAUGGACUGGCCUCUUUUUUCCUCAACACCGCUGAUCUCCCUAAAGCUGAUCUGAAUCUGGUGGCAAGUGCAACUUCACCGGUUUUUUAUGGUUAUAAGUCGCCCUUCUUCAGGAUAGAUGUGAAGUCUGUGCCGCUUUACCAAACUGCUACUCCCAACAACCCAACGUUUAGUUCAAUGGAUAUAUUGAAGUUUGAGCAGCCACUGAAAUGUGGUGCCAAAUAUCCAGUGACGAUCGCCUAUUAUUUUGUUGGAGAAACUGGUGACUACAGUGCUGACGUAGUCUAUAUGGUCUUGUCCAAAGGGGUGGUUGUUCUGCAUGGAUUUCAGAAGGUCCAAGUGAGUGCUUUAAAUGCACCCAGUGGCACACUGUCAUUUGAGCUUUAUGUCAGUCCAGAUAUGGCUCCAGUAGUGCAGAUUCUGGCCUUCUGUGUUCUGCCCAGUGAGACUGUAGUUGCUGCUAGUGCAGUUUUUGACACUGAAAUGUGUUUUCAAAACCAGGUGUCUCUGCAGUUUUCUCCACCUACAGGUGUUCCUAGUGAGGGAACCGUUUUGAACGUCUCUGCUCAAGCAGGAUCCCUGUGUGGCCUCAGCGCUGUUGAUCAGAGUGUCCGGAUCAUGGAGCCAGAAAGACGUUUAAGUGCUGAAGCGGUCUUCAGAGAGCUUCCGGUACGAUCACCAUCAGAUUAUCCAUAUCUGGUUGAGGAUGAACAGGAGUGCCUGAAUGUUAGACCCCGUCGAGCGGUUCUUGCAAACGAAGCUUAUGAUGUUUUCAAGAGUGUGGGGAUAAAGGUCGCAACAAAUCUGCUAGUCCAAGAACCUAACUGCCUGAUGUACCGAGGCCUGUAUUACUAUCGCAACUUUUAUAGUAUGUAUUUUAGCGGGACUGAAGGCGGGGGUGCUGGAGGUGAUGGCCGCUCCUCUUUUGAUGUGACAAUCAGGACUUACUUUCCAGAAACCUGGAUCUGGCAGCUUGCUCAAGUGGGAAACGCUGGUUCCACACAGGUUGCUCUGAAGGUUCCUGACACUAUCACCACCUGGGAGACUGAGGUGUUCUGCCUGUCCUCCAGAGGUUUCGGUUUGGCUCCUCCUGUUCAGCUGACUGCCUUCCAGCCCUUCUUCCUGGAGCUCUCCCUGCCUUACUCCAUCAUCCGUGGGGAGUCUUUUGAGCUGAAGGCUACAGUGUUCAACUAUCUGUCCAAGUGCAUCAUGGUUAAAGUGACGCCAGCUUCUUCCUUGGACUUCAGUCUUCGACCUCUUAAUGAGCCAUACUCCUCCUGUCUCUGUGCCAAUGGGAGAAAGACCUUUAAAUGGAUUCUCUCAGCUUCUGUUCUCGGAUCUGUAAAUGUGACCGUCAGUGCUCAAGCUGAACAAUCCCAGGUUCAAUGUGGCACUGAAGUUGUGACUGUGCCAGAGAGAGGACGCAUUGACGUAGUUACUCAAAGUCUUCUUGUUCUGCCUGAGGGAGUUGAAAGGGUCUUCACCCAAAGUUGGUUACUGUGUCCGAAGGGAAGUGUCCUUUCAGAAGAUGCAUCUCUGACGUUUCCAACAAAUGUGAUACAAGGAUCAUCCAAAUGCUCCGUUUCAGUCCUUGGGGAUAUUAUGGGUCGUGCACUAAAGAAUCUUAAUGGCUUGCUACAGAUGCCAUCUGGCUGUGGAGAACAGAAUAUGAUUGUUCUUGCUCCCAAUAUUUACAUCCUACAAUACCUUGAAGCCACUGCACAGCUUACCCCAACCAUCCGACAGAUUGCCAUUGGUUACCUUCAGAGCGGAUACCAGGGACAACUGAAUUACAGGCACAGUGAUGGCUCAUACAGCACGUUUGGUUACGAUGCAUCCAAUACAUGGUUGACCGCAUUCGUCAUGAGGUCUUUUGGCCUAGCAAGGCAUUUCAUCUUCAUUGAUCCUAAGGUCCUCCAGAGCGCACAGGAUUGGUUGAUCAGCAAGCAGGGUUCAGAUGGCUGUUUCAUGCAAGAGGGAACUCUGUACCACAAUGACAUGAAGGGUGGUGUUGGUGAUAACGUGACCAUGACGGGCUACAUUGUUGCAUCACUGCUUGAAAUGGGUGUUCUUGUCACGGAUCCCAUCAUUACCAAUGCUCUAUCUUGCUUGAGGCCUGUCGUUGGGAACCUGGGAAACAUUUACGCCACAGCUCUGCUUGCCUACACCUUCAGUCUGGCUGGAGAGACCAGCACUCGAACCCAGCUUUUAAAUUCCUUGGACAAUGUUGCCAUUUCUGAUGGCAAUAAGCUCCACUGGUCUCAGACUUCAUCUGGUGAUACUCUGGCAGUAGAGAUCAGCUCGUAUGUGCUGCUGGCCAUUCUCUCUGUACAGCCCCUCACGACUGCUGAUUUGGGCUAUGCUAACCGCAUUGUCAACUGGCUUGUGACCCAGCAGAAUCCUUAUGGAGGCUUUUCAUCCACCCAGGACACUGUGGUGGCUCUUCAUGCUUUGUCUCUGCUCGCCAAACAAGUGUUCAGCUUGGAAGGCUCCAGCACUGUUACUGUAAAGUCAUUGUCCGUAGCAGGAGAGGUUUAUAACUUCAACGUGAAUGGGGACAACAGGCUGCUGUAUCAGGAGAAGCCACUAAAGAAUGUUCCUGGCAUAUAUAGUGUUGGAGCACAAGGGUCCACCUGUGUGUCUGUGCAGGUUGCAUGUUUCUACAACAUCCCGACACCCAUUAAAGUUUCCGGAACACUUAGUGUUGAAGUGAAGGUGGCAAGAGACUGCAACGUGCGUGGAGCCAAUCUAAUGUUGAACAUCACUGUGACGUACAAUGGUGCAAAGCCAACUACUAAUAUGGUUAUUGUGGACCUUAAACUCCUGUCGGGUUUCACAGCAGAUACGUCACUGCUUGGAUCUCCACCAGAUUCAUUUGCUCCACUAGUGCAGCGCGUUGAUGCUGGAGAUGACCAUGUGCUUGUUUAUUUGAAAGAGGUUCCCAAGGGUGUCCCCAUGACCUACAGGCUACAACUGAAGCAGGUUCUUGAAGUUCAGAAUCUCAAGCCAGCGGUUGUUGAGGUUUAUGACUACUAUCAGCCAAGUGAUGUGUUUGAGACCACAUAUAUGCCUCCCUGUUCAUGACUGUGCUCUUCUAGCUAUUGGAUGCAUGAAUUAAACUCUUGAAUUAGUAA